GCCCCGGGGCUGCUCCGCCGGCUUCCGGCUUCCGGGUUCUCGGGCGCGCGCUGCGUCCCCGGAGAGGGCGGGCUUCGCGGCCGCCUCUUGGGGGCGGAGCCGUUAGCCGAGCGUGAGGAGCCCGGGGUAGGACGCGCAGGCGCCCGGCCGUAUCCGUAGCGGGACCGCGUGGGGUGGGCUGGAGCCGGGCCCCCCAGCUGGGCCGGGGGGCAGCCGGCGGCUCGGUAGACCUGGAGGUUCAGUCCCGAGGCAGAGGCCCUGGGAGACGUCGGGCUGCGGCCUAAGGAGGCGGAAGCUGGGGGUGGACUUAGCCGCUGCCGCUGGAUCCGGCACUAAAGCAUCAGCCAGUGAGGUGUGUCCUCGCCCGGCCCCGCCAGGAGCCGGUGCUGAGCAGCCUUCCCAGCCGGCGCUCAGCCCCGCCGGUGCUGUGGCUGGGAAAGCCCACCGCCCUAGGCCUACCCUUGAUGGCGCUUUGUGAAAGACCCGUGUCCACUCCGGAGGCCGAUGGCCCUCUGGGCUUCAUGACUUUUGGAGAAUGAUUGCGUUGGGUGGAGAGGUGAUCGGUCCAUAAAAGGCUGGGAGAGACACGAUCCGUUAGCACCCAGCCCUCCUCCGAAGAGACGCUGCGGCUGACAGCUCUGGUCCUGCCUGCCUCCGUAGCGCAGCGGGUUCUGGAGUUGUUACAUGACAGGCACUUCUGGGUCCCUCCUUUCUUGCCUUUUGCUCCUCUAGAAGAAUAUGCGCUCAAACCUACCCAGCCGGCUGCCUGCCAGGGAAACAGUGCUCUGUUUAGGAGAGGAAUCCAUUUUUCAGAAGUGUGCGACUCACAGCAGCCUCCAGGAGCCACACAGACACAAGGAAGUCGUCAGGGCAGGAGACUGUGACCUGGGGAUGACCACCCAGCUGUGACGCUUCUCCUCCAGGUUCGGCAGUGUCCUCUGCAGAGCGGGCAGGCCCGCCCAGGCGGGCAUCAGCAUGCCGCAGCAGCUCCUGAUCUCCCUGCCCACCAAGGCCAGCGCCUGGGUGAAGUUGCAGCAUCCAAAAAAGACCAAGGAGGGCGCGCCCCUGUGGGAGGAUGUGACUACGGUGUUUGAAGGAGAAGCUCCGCUGUCUCAGGACACUGAAGAGGCCCAGGAAGAAUGCUUAGAGGCUGAAGUGACCCCUGGGUUCCUGGCAGCAGAAUCACAGGAACCACUGAGCUUCAAGGAUGUAUCUGUUGACUUCUCCCAGGAAGAGUGGGGGCAGCUGGCCCCUGUUCACCAGAACCUGUAUCGAGAGGUGAUGCUGGAGAACUACAGGAACCUGGUGUCCGUGGCAGGAUAUCAGCUUUCCAAACCAAGCGUGAUUUCCCAGUUGGAGAAAGGAGAAGAGCCAUGGAUGGCAGAGAGAGAAGACCUAGGAGAUCCCAGUUCAGACUUGAGGAGUAAGACAGAAACCGAUGAGUCAACUGCCAAGAAUGACAUUUCACAGGAGCAGUUAUAUCAUGGCAUUAUGAUGGAAAGGUUCAUGAGAGAUGACAUCAUUUAUUCCACAUUGAGAAAUGUCUCCCAGUAUGAUGAUGCGUUAGAAAGGCAUCAGGAAACCCAUGGAAGAGAUGUGAAACAAGCCAUUUUGACCAACAGGAAGAAAGGCCGAGAAACUAACAAAUUGGGGGAAAAUAUCAUUGUGAAUUCAAAUGUUAUUAUAGAACAGAAGCACCAUGAAUAUGAUACAUCUCGAAAGAGGAACAAAUACAAAUUGGAUUUGAUUAACCAUCCAACAAAUUACAUAAGAACAAAAACUUACGAAUGUACUAUAUGUGAAAAAGUGUUCAAACAACCCAUUCACCUUACUGAACACAUGAGAAUUCAUACUGGAGAGAAACCUUUCAGAUGUAAAGAAUGUGGGAGGGCCUUUAGCCAAAGUGCGUCUCUUAGUACACACCAGAGGAUCCAUACUGGUGAGAAGCCUUUUGAAUGUGAGGAAUGUGGCAAAGCGUUCAGACACCGCUCAUCACUUAAUCAGCAUCACAGAACUCACACGGGGGAGAAACCCUAUGUAUGUGACAAAUGUCAGAAAGCCUUCAGCCAGAACAUUAGCUUGAUCCAACAUUUGAGGACUCAUUCUGGAGAGAAGCCUUUUACUUGCAAUGAAUGUGGAAAAACCUUUCGACAGAUUAGACACCUCAGUGAGCACGUAAGAAUUCAUACCGGGGAGAAGCCCUACGCGUGCACUGCGUGCUGUAAAACCUUCAGUCACAGAGCAUACCUAACGCAUCACCAGAGGAUCCACACUGGAGAGAGGCCCUACAAAUGCAAGGAAUGUGGGAAAGCCUUUAGGCAGAGGAUUCACCUCAGCAACCAUAAGACUGUCCACACAGGAGUGAAAGCCUAUGAAUGCAAUCGCUGUGGGAAAGCCUAUAGGCAUGACUCAUCCUUUAAGAAACAUCAGCGACAUCACACUGGGGAAAAGCCUUAUGAAUGUAAUGAAUGUGGAAAAGCCUUCAGCUAUAAUUCAUCACUUAGUCGACACCAUGAAAUACACAGGAGGAAUGCCUUCCAAAAUAAUGUAUAAAAACAGGCAUUUGACAUAAGACCUAAGCCAAGUGUAAGUCAGUGUCUAUGCUUUAAAAUUUCAGGACUCAGUUAAAUUUGAGGAAUUGCUAGAAAGAUGCUAACUUUUAAAUUGUGUUCAUUGUGUAAAUAGAGAUUACUACCAUCUACUAACACCUCCAUACAAAGUACUUAAUAAAAUAUGGUCCUUCAAAUCAAAUAAAUUCAUUAUGAAAAAUCCACAA